AUGGUAACACUGAAUGUCUCCGCUGCAGGACGCGUCUCCCUCGCGCGAGGGUUGCCCAUAACCGUAACUUUUGCAGACAAGAAGCCUGAGGAGGUCACCGUCGCAGAGGUCAAAGCAGCUGUCGCCGCCAAGUUUCCGCGACUCUACCCAGCACGUCAGAAAUUGACUGUCAAAGGAGAGAAGAAGGCGUUGGAUGAUGAUGUCACAUUAGAGGAUGCAGGGAUUACGGACGGCGCGGAAGUGACCGUCAAGGACUUGGGUCCGCAGGUGGGCUGGCGCACCGUAUUCUUAGUUGAAUAUGCUGGACCUUUGAUUAUACACCCUCUGUUCUAUUAUAAUCCCGGUUUCUGGUACGGGGCUCUUGUUCCGCAUAGUCUCCUACAGAAGACAGUAUACACGCUGGUGCUCCUCCAUUUCAUAAAGCGCGAGCUGGAAACCUUGUUUGUGCAUCGUUUCUCGCACGGGACCAUGCCUUUCUUCAACAUCUUCAAGAACUCUGGCCAUUAUUGGGCCCUUAGUGGUGUAGCGCUGGCGGCUGCAAUCUACAGCCCAACGUACGAUGAAUACUCUCGAUACAUGCGCGGCUCAAUUCGGAGUGAUCCUCGCUUUAUCGGCGCGUGUGUUACCCUUUGGCUGUUUGCUGAGGUCUCUAACCUGCAUACCCACCUAACCCUUCGUUCCCUUCGGCCCGCCGGAACGAGGCAGCGGGCGAUACCAACUGGCUAUGGCUUCGACCUUGUGUCGUUCCCAAACUACUUUUUCGAGAUCUUGUCCUGGGUCGCUAUCGCCGCUAUGACGGGGAGCUAUGCCGCUUGGGUCUUCGUUGGCGUUUCGUCGUAUACUAUGUCCAUAUGGGCAUUGAAAAAGCACAAGGCCUACAGGAGAGACUUCGGCAAUGAGUAUCCCAAAAAUCGCAAAGCUAUAAUCCCCUUUGUCAUUUGA